UUCCAUCCGUGAGGACAUGCCUGUAGUUGAUCUCAAAAAGGUACUCCUCUCACUGGCCUAUGUCUCGGGGAUCGGGCAGCCCAGCGUGUGCCAUGCGGUGAUCGUGGUCUUCCUGGAGUACUUCGCCUGGGGCCUGCUCACCAUGCCCAUUAUAGCCACCUUGAAGGAGACCUUUCCGGAGAACACCUUCCUGAUGAACGGCCUGGUGGAGGGGGUCAAGGGGAUACUGUCCUUCCUGUCGGCCCCCCUGAUCGGCGCCCUGUCGGACAUCUACGGCCGCAAGGUGCUGCUCCUGGUGACCGUGAUCUUCACCUGCCUGCCCAUUCCCCUGAUGAACGUCAGCAACUGGUGGUUCUUCGUGGUCACCUCGAUGAGUGGCUUGUUCGGAGUCAGCCUCUCGGUGGUGCUGGCCUAUGUGGCGGACGUCACCUCGCAGGAGGAGCGCUCCAGGUCCUAUGGUGUCAUCUCGGCUACCUACACGGCCAGCUUGGUGGUGGCCCCCGCGCUGGGGAACUACAUCAUGAAGCACUAUGGCAUGCAGACGGGAGUGAUGGUGGCCACCAUAGUGUCCACGGUGGACGUGAUCUUUGUCUUGGUGGCGCUGCCCGAGAGCCUGCCCAGGAAGGUGCGGGCCACCGGCUUGAGCUGGAAGCAGGCAGAUCCCUUUAUGUCCCUGCUGAGAGUGGCCUCCGAUCCCAACAUCCUGCUGCUGUGCGUCAUGGUCUUUAUGUUCCUGCUGCCGGAGGUGGGGGAGUACUCCUGCAUCUCCGCCUACUUGAAACUCUUCAUGGGAUUUGGAUUCGAGGAGCUAUCCAUUCUCACGUCCCUCACCUCCACACUGAGCAUCUUCGCCAACGUGGUCCUGGGACCUCUGGUGAAGUCGCUGGGCGCCAAGAGGGUCAUCCUGCUCGGCCUUAUGCUGGAGCUCCUCCAGUUCUCCAUCUACGGCCUUGGCAGGGAGAAGUGGCACAUGUGGCUGGCCGGGCAUGUGGCCGCCCUGGGCUCCCUGACCUUCCCGGCCGUGAGCUCCUACCUGUCCCUUUACACGGAGGCCGAGAGCCAGGGCGCCGUCCAGGGCAUGAUGACCGGCAUGUCGGGUCUCUGUAAUGGCCUGGGACCCGCUUUCUUCGGGAUUCUCUUCUACAUCUCGGAUAUGGACUUGACCGAGAACCGGUUGCUUGGACGGCGCUUCUUCGUGGAUCGUAUCGGAGCUGGACCGUUCCUCUUUGGCGCCUCUUUUGUGUUGGUUAGCAUCCUUUUGGCCUCCUUGAUCCCAAAGGAGCGGUCUCUCAAGGUCAGGAAGGUCGAGUUCUGCGCCCUGAAGUAUACUAUAGAAUAUAAUGAAAAGUUGCUCAGUACUGACAAUUAG